CAAACUAUUGCGGCUCAACAAGUGGCUUGUGGAUAGAGUUGAACAGAGUUCAGACAGACAAACAGCUGUGAUUGAAACACCUUUCGCGCCCUUUUUUUUUACUUUAUUUUGUCUGAAAAUCUUGUUCUAAAUGUUUUGAUUCAUCGUGCAGUUCUUUUUUUACUGCUGUGUUUGAUUUGGCCCGACUACCCCGGCUGUAAAGAGACUUCACCUGCGCCGGAUUUGUUUGACCUGAUUAGAUUCGCUUGGACACUUUUAAUUGGCUGCUUUACGCACUGAGCGAUUGAAACUCAAAGUGUGUAGUGGCGUGAUGUACAGCAUGAUGGAGCAUGAACUGAAGACCGCGGGUCAACCUCAUCCCCACCACAACAGUCCAGGCAUGUCUCCUCCGGUCAGCGGGGUCGGAAACGCGCACCACGGAUCAAAAACCUCUUGUCCACCCGGCGGGGACCCCAUGGACAAAGUGAAGCGUCCCAUGAAUGCGUUUAUGGUGUGGUCCCGGGGUCAGCGGAGGAAGAUGGCACAGGAGAACCCCAAAAUGCACAACUCGGAGAUAAGCAAACGCCUCGGUGCGGAAUGGAAACUUUUAACGGACACCGAGAAGCGGCCGUUCAUCGAUGAGGCCAAACGGCUGCGGGCCGUACACAUGAAGGAAUACCCCGACUACAAAUACAAACCUCGGCGUAAGACCAAAGCCCUCAUCAACAACGACAAACACCCUCUCGUCAAACACCCUAUCGCACCCGGUAACCUGUUGGCAUCAGCCGUGGCACAGGGACAAGGCGGGAGCCCGAGAAUGGACGGCUAUGGCUGGGGUCACACCGGUGCUUAUAUGGGAAUGCAGGGUGAAGCACUCGGAUACCCGCAGCAACUGCACCGAUACGAACUGUCAGCGCUCCAGUACCCGCCGGCACAGACAUACAUGAACGGGGCCAGCUCUUACAGCCAAAUGUCAUAUAGUGGGAGCCCUCAGCAGCCCAGUCCAGUGAUGUCUAUGGUUAAACCAGAACCCCUAUCCCAUUCGCCUACUGGAGUACCAAACCACCACCGUGGGGCUUUCCAAGGGGACAUGAGGGACAUGAUUAGCAUGUACAUUCCAGGUGGUGAUACCAGCGAUACCUCAAACCAGAGGGCCUACCCUGGAGUCCAGCAGCACUAUCUUGGUGGAACCGUUCCCCUCACUCAUAUCUGAAGUUUAGGGAAUGCUCCCUGAGCUCCUAUUAGUUGGACCCUUAUUGUGACCGUAGUGCCACACAUAGACUUUAUGGAUUAUUGAACACUUCUGAUUGUUUACUACCUCCCUUGAUUUGAAUGAUCUGAAGUUGUGUGUUGAACCUGUAUAGAAAAUUUAGCCGUUUCAGCCUCUAGU